GGGGCCGCGGCGUCUGCAGAACCUUGGACAGAAGCUGCGAGCCGCCGCCGCGCCGAGCCGCGCCGAGCCCCGGGGCCGCGGCGCGCAUUGCGGAGGGCCUGGGACGCAGCGGCUGCAUCUGCCGCGGGAGCCUGCCUGCGGAUCCGCAGGGCUACACGCGUCGCGUCCCGGGAGCGCCUCCUUUCUCCCUGCGGCCGCUUCAGGCUCGGUAAGCCGUCUUUUCCCUCAGGCCGGCAGGCUGGGCGCGCAGGGGCGCCUGCCCCAGCCGGGCGCGCAGUGGCACCAUGGGCACAGUGCUGUCCCUGUCCCCCAGCUAUCGGAAGGCCACGCUGUUUGAGGAUGGCGCGGCCACUGUGGGCCACUACACGGCCGUGCAGAACAGCAAGAACGCCAAGGACAAGAGCCUGAAGCGGCAUUCCAUCAUCUCGGUGCUGCCCUGGAAGAGGAUCGUGGCAGUGUCAGCCAAGAAGAAGAACUCCAAGAAGGCGCAGCCCAACAGCAGCUACCAGAGCAACAUCGCGCACCUCAACAAUGAGAACCUGAAGAAGUCGCUGUCGUGCGCCAACCUGUCCACAUUCGCCCAACCCCCGCCGGCCCAGCCGCCCGCACCCCCAGCCAGCCAGCUCUCCGGCUCCCAGACUGGAGUCUCCUCUUCUGUCAAGAAGGCCCCGCACCCUGCCAUCACCUCUGCAGGGACACCCAAACGGGUCAUCGUCCAGGCGUCCACCAGUGAGCUGCUACGCUGUCUGGGCGAGUUUCUCUGCCGCCGGUGCUAUCGCCUGAAGCACUUGUCCCCCACGGACCCUGUGCUCUGGCUGCGCAGCGUGGACCGCUCGCUGCUUCUACAGGGCUGGCAGGACCAGGGUUUCAUCACACCCGCCAACGUGGUCUUCCUCUACAUGCUCUGCAGGGAUGUUAUUUCCUCCGAGGUGGGCUCGGACCACGAGCUCCAGGCUGUCCUGCUGACCUGCCUGUACCUCUCCUAUUCCUACAUGGGCAAUGAGAUCUCCUACCCGCUCAAGCCCUUCCUCGUGGAGAGCUGCAAGGAAGCCUUUUGGGACCGCUGCCUCUCAGUUAUCAACCUCAUGAGCUCCAAGAUGCUGCAGAUCAAUGCUGACCCACACUACUUCACACAGGUGUUCUCCGACUUGAAGAAUGAGAGUGGCCAGGAGGACAAGAAGCGACUCCUCCUGGGGCUUGACCGGUGAGCCCCUGUAGCUGGUAUCCCGGCUCAAGGAUUCCAUUCGUUUUUAAAAAUUUAUUACUAAACGGAUCAAAUUUUGUGUACAGUAUGUGUCUAGCAAAGCCCCCAAGGGCUUCUUCCCAUGUUCUCUCCUUGGGGUUUUUUCCAGCCCUUUCAAGAACUCUGGGGACUUUCGAACUCAUGAACCUUGUGCAAACCCAGAAGAUGCAUUCAGAGCCACUUAGGCUGCUGACCACUCACUUUUGGGGACACAAGGGACUGGCUUGCCCAUGUCACCUGCACCCAUGCUGGGUCCAGAGUAGAUGAGGCUUCCCACUGCCCCAUGAUGGGAGCUAGAGAGAGGCCGAUGACAGUGGCCUAGGAGGAAUUGACCCUUUUCUGGUGACUGUUUAAUUCUCCUAAAGGCUCCUGGAGCCAGGGUGUUCUCAGUGAGGCCAGUGCUGCACUGUCCUGGGGCACCAGCCCAGGAGCCUGGAAGUCGGUCUGGCAAAGAUUGUCCAUGGCUGGUGACCCAGCACGGCCCUGCUUUGCUGCUUGGCUUUGGGCGAAGGGCUUUCCCUUACUGGCGGGAUGGAGCUCCCCGCGUGUCCUUUCUCUGUGCGGCCAGCUCCCACCUGGUGUUGGUUAAUGAGGCGGUCUGCUUAUUAGAUAGGUUCCUCUCAUUUGGGGUCCCAGGUAAGGGGGCGAGGUGAAGCUAGGGAGCUCCUUUCCUGAGUGAGUUUCAUUUGCAUAAUGCAGCUCAAUCACUCUGCACAAGCCUGGACAGUGGCAGGUGCCCACGAGCAACGCUGCCUUCUGGGCAGGUGGGUGUCCAUGCUUGAGACAUUUGUCCUGCCAAGCUGGGGUCAGGUGAGAUAAGCUGACAGGUUGCUGUGGUAAUGGCGGCUCCCAGCCCUACCCGUUAGUUUAAGCUGUUUCCAAGCAGUUCGGUUUCUCCCAGAGAUGAAGUUUUGCUAUGUGCAACCUAGUGAGGCAGCUGCGUCUCAGAAACAAUGCAAGGUUCGAGUGUGACUCCUGAUUGCUUUGGAAGCUUGGUGACUGUCCAGCUGAACACUUGCAGCUGCCGGGUGUGGUACCCACCUCUCCCUGGCAGUUGCAGACUACUCUUUGUGGACUUUACUGGUUUUUCUUUCUAAUUUUCCCAGACUGGUGGCUUGGGGUUUGGAAGCGGUCCAAGAGAAGGGAGUGAGUCUUCCUGCAUGGCCCUCACUGCAGCGUUGGGGAACAAAGAGCAAUGUGAAGAUGCUCCCCAGGAUUUCCUCUUCCUGUCCUCUCUCCCCAGGGAGAGCUGUGAUUGGGGGCCACAGCGGGGAAGGCAGAGGUUAUCUUACAUAGGAUUAGGUUCCAGGUGGCUGCCAACUUCCUCACAAGCACUACUGAAAACCCACAUAGAAAGAAGCUGUGAAAUUGAGGUCUGCAUUGAAGAGGCCUGGAGCAGAGCCUUUCAGCCAAUGUGUUCACAGAGGGGGAAGAGGACCCGGAUCUGCUGGGACUAGAGAGCCUCUGCCAUCCCCUCAGCCAGGUUAUUCGGAGAACGGCUGCUGGGCCCUCAUGCUUGCUCUGCACAGGCCUAGCUGCAGCCUCCCUGGCCUGGCUUCAGAUUCUGCUGCCACGGUGACCUGUGUGGGGAGCCCCACGGGGCCUCUGGCCCCUGGUGUAGUGGGAGAGGAGCUUCAGCUGUCCGGUCUGAGGAAGGUGUGUGUUUGUAGCCGCCCAGCUGCUGAAGCUGUUCACUGAGCUGCAAUCACAGGAUUCUAGCUCUCUUGACUGUUUCCUUCUCUUUGUACUUUAAAACAUUUUUUUUUAAUUUUUGAGGAGGUGCAUACUUCAGGAGUGGUUGGCGACGAAGGAAAGAACUCCCUAGUUCCAUUGUGAAGCGUGGGUUCUCUCCCCUUGCAUUGGCCAUCAGUACUGUGCAAAGGUACAACUGAUAGACUUGAGUGUUCGAGCAAUGAACCCAUCCGACAUGCUGCUAUGAAGACACUUUUAGAACAAACACACACAAAAUAGAAAAGAAAAAAAAGAAAAAUGUGAAAAAGAUCUACACAACCCCCUUUUAUUCUUCGUUGCUUUUACAGUGGUACUGUGCAUGCAAACCAGGAACAUUUUGUGUCUUAAGAAAAAUAACCUUAGAACAGAUGGCUGUGGGGAUCACGCCGUGCCGAGGACAAACCACUGAGGCAUAGUUCAGGGUUGGAUUUUCCUCUUUUCCUUACAACCCUGAAGGGUUGAUAUAUUCUUUCCAUGCAGUUAUUAGAAUUUAGUUUUGUUUCAGCAGUGUUAAAUUUGCAAUGAAAAGAAAAUGUGCCAUCCCUUGCCCCAGAAUUAUCGAUAGCUGUCAUCUGAUACUGCUAAUUACACACAUGUGAUGUAUGUGUUUUUUUUUUAGUGAAAUUUCUUCUGUAGCUAUUCUUUGACCAAACUGUGGAUACUGUUAAUUUAUAUUUGUCUCAUUAUGUAUGUAUGUGUAGCGUGUUUGUGAGUAUGUGUGGUUUAUAAUCUGACGAGUCAUGAAGCUCAGUUUGGCUGUAAUUUAAUUCCCCUUCCCUUAUUUUUAUUUAUUUUUGUACUGUGCUGAUUCAAUAAAAUGCACUGACCAUC